CGUGCGUAUGAAAUCGAACUAGUCACGAUUUCGRAAUUUGUUCGAGUUUUGAUUCAAUUUUUACGCAAAUCUAAAGCUUUUUGGAAAGAAGUAACACUUGGAACAUCAAGUUUAAUAUGGGUAGAUUACGUAGGAAGCGAACACACAACAAYGACACGCACUUGAAGAAGAAAUAUCGUACGAAGCGAAGGACAAAGGAUUUAGACCAGAUUCACGCUGACAUGGUUCCUGAACAAGCUGCCAAGCUCCUUUCUCAAGAAGUAAAUGUAGAUUUGCCUGGUUGUGGGCAAUUUUACUGUCUUCAGUGUGCGAAAUAUUUUAUCGAUGAUAARAGCCUGAAAGAUCAUAUUAAAGGAAGAGUCCACAAGAAAAGGCUUAAAAUGUUGAAAGAAGUGCCAUACACCAUAGAAGAGGCAGAGAAGGCUGGUGGACAAGGAUCGUACACCUUGACUUCAACCAAACCAUUACUAGCAAAAGACACUGAAAUGAGUUCUAGUAAUGAGGUACCUGUAACAAGCGAUGRGUAAAUGCAAAUGUAUAGCUACAGAAUGUAAUUAUUUGACUAGAUUUGACAACUGCAAYGUUGUUGUCAAUAUGAUAUUCAUAUCUGCUUGAAGGCCAAAAAAAAAAAAGAAAAGAAAAAAGCGGUUUGUAUAUAUGUAAGUUUGUUUAAUAUGGAUAUGAAAAUGACCAUUCAAUAGCACAACUUGAAUGUACUGUGCAAGACGUAAAGAAGCUUUUGGGAGCUUUCUUUCUUUUUUAUCUACAGGUUCAAAAAAAAAAAAAAGAAAA